AUGGUGGUGCUCCAUACCAGCGAUGGUGACAUCGAAGUCCGCCUCGUUAAGCUUGAUAGCGAUACCGAAAGUUUUGAAGAAUACGGUUACGUGGAUGAGCUAGACUUUGAUAUUGAUUCAGAUGAAGCUAUCAAGUCAGUCAAACGUUUGAUAGUCGCUCAAGAAGUGUGUUAUGGUAUUGAAGUCACUUUAAAGAAGGGAUUUCGGCAUGGUAUUUACAUUGGAGGGUUUUUCCUUAAGCUUGAUGAUGUAGCUUCGGGGAAGGAAAUGGACGACGAGGAAGUUUUCAGAAUUGAGAAGAUUCCUCAAGUAAUGUUAGAAGGGGAGGUAAGGAACGAUGUCAGCCUUGCAUUUCAUGCGUUAAAUCCAGAAGACAAUAUUAGCGAUGAUCUCAACGAUGCACAGCUUGGAAGCUUGAAGGUCACGAUCGUUAGACUUGGAAAACUUCGGGAAACAGGAGCCAUAUUAUCCAGUCAUGUCUCAGUGCCAGACAUGACCAAGCGCCGGGACGAUACUGGUCAAGUUAAUUACAACAAAAGAGGAGUAACUCACGAUAUUAGCUUCAUAGGAGGAACGAGCAAUGACAAAAGCAGCUUGACAGCGGGCACGACCGUCAAGAAUCUUGUUAAUUCUGACACUCGUGAAAGCUAUGAAGUUAUAUUCAUUCCCAGAGCAGCUAGUUAUUUAGAGCAAAAGAAUAUGUUCGAAAUUGAGAAAACCCCAAUCGAGCUUCAUCAUCGGCCUUGGACUUUGGUGCCUAUAAUCGAGGACCAAAGACUCACUGUGGCGCACAAAAUUUCUCUUGCUGGUGAGGAAGCCAACACUGAGGAGAUUCGAAGACAAAUCCUUCAUGAGGGUGUUCGCCCAAACAAGUGGCGAAAGUGGAGUCAACUCAUGGCGAGGGAGCGACCAAUUCUCUACAAAGAACUCCAGCAACGUCUGCAAUACUUCUGGAGAGGAGAAAUCCCACCAGAAGAACAACCUUUACCAAGCAUCCGGAAGGCCCAAGAACGACCACGCUCGCCUGAAGCAGAACCAAUAAGAGCUGUUACCAUUAAAGAAGAAGAGCCUGAGGACCAAGCACAACCAAUCAUCCAGAAAUCCGGAGAACAUCCUCUAGCAGAUAUCCAAAAGCCCUCAGAACACUCUCGCUCCCUCGAAGCAGAAACUGCAAGUGCUGUUACCAUCAAAGAAGAAGAACCAGAAGAUCAAGCACCACCAAUUAACCAGGAAUCAGGAGAGAAAUCCGGCUCAGUUGAAGUUGUAGCGGAAAAAACUCUUACCAUUAAAGAAGAGCCACAAGAGAUUCUUAUAGGACCGCCCAAAAAAUGGACAGGCAAACCGGUAGUGAUCUCAUUACUUUCAGAUUCCGAACACGAGCAACCAACCUCAAGGUCUAACAAUCCAUCCACAAAAAGAAGCAAAAGUGCAAAAGCUGCACCACGCAUUAAAUCAGAACCUACAAACAUCCCUUCGUUUGACACGACAUCCUCCCAAGCACCUAUACCAACCCCAGGAGGAGUCCUCUCUGUCACCAGUGCCGAUAACCCAGCCAAACGUAUCAAAGUCGAAUCCGAGGCAUCACAACCCAGUCCAAGCCGAGCGGGUGCUGACACCAAAAGUCUCGCCUCUGAUGUGAACUUAAGGAGAUUGAAGGACGAAGACGAGGAACUAGAGGCGGAACUAGCUGCCGCGCAGAGAGUCUCAGCAUUGCUUGAGAAACGUAGGGAGAAGAAGGCAAGAAUUGCGGCUAUAGAGGAGGAACGGCGCAGUGUCAUUGAUACUCCGAGUGUGAGAGGGCUAGAUUGA